AUGAAGCUUUCCGCCGUUACUUUCCUCUCCUGCCUUGCCCUCUCCUCGGCAUGGAAGUUAGAUCUGUAUGCUAGCGACAAGCGCCAUGUCAGCACCCACGGCACCAGAGACUCUGGCUGCAAGAAUAUCGACUUCAGCCCGGCGCUCAAAGUCAACCGCGCCAAUUUCCGUCCGGCAACCAAUAACUGGCCAGACCCAGGAACCUUCGAGCUCUACGUCAACAAAAACUGCAAGAAAUUGAGCUACCGCAAUGACAAAGGCAACCAUAAAAUGACCGCCAGAACCAUUCGCAGCUACAAAGUGUAUUGA